UAUUUAUAAACUAUUCUUUUAGAAAAUGUAAAACAGUUAAUAAUGUUAUUAUGGGAAAAAAGUUUCAACAGUUCUCUUGAACUUUGAGACAUUUAGUUAUUUUGGAUCAUGAAAAAAGUCUCAAUAAUUCACUUAAUAUGAACUAGAGGGGGCUAUAUUUAACUAGUAGCAAAAUUGUUUUUGUUGAUCUUUCUCCAUUAGUUUUGAUUUAUACAAUUGAUAGUUUUAUAAUUUUAAGUUUCCAUAUAAAAAAGAAGUUUCGUAUAAUUUAGUAAUUUUAUGAUAUGUAUUUUAUUUUUUUAAUUUCGGUGCACCUACUCAUCCGUAAAAACAAAUAUUUGUGCAUCCACACUGCUAAUUUUUUUUAUCAACUCUUAUAUAGUUUAAACACCCUUAGCGAAAUUUUUGGCUCCGCCAUUGGUUGACGUGCUUUUCCAUAUUGACAUCCAACACAUAUAGUGUCUCCUAUAAUCUCAACUUUGGGAAGGCCUUUUAAUUUUGACUGAUGCAUCAUGAUUUUUAGUUUGUUGUAGCUCAUGUGCCCAAGACGUCCAUGCCAUAGAUUAGCUAUACUUCAGAUUUUCUCAACAUAAGCUGUCUCAGCUUGCAUGAUGUAGAUUGACUCUAAUCCUCUUCCUUCCAUGAUUGCUGUGCUUGUAACUUUUAAGUUUUAGUACACUUUUAUGUCAUUUGGCCCAAAGAAAUAAUUACCAGAAUUUGUUAGUUGCGAUACAGAUAAUAAAUUCUUCUUCAAACAUGUAAUAUGGUAGAUAUUUUGAAGUUUCACUUGUCUCGAGCUAUGAUGAGACACAAACACUGUCUUGCCAAUAUGAUUUAUUGACAUUUUUGAAUUAUUUGCAGAUACCACUACUCGACUGUCUUUAUAUUCACUCAUGUUAAUGAGCUUUUUCUCAUCACCAGUCAUGUGAUUGGAUUAUUCUAAAUCAACGAUCCAAUCAUGUUCAUAAUCGACCAAUUUCUCAUUUACAGUUGCAAGUGCAAUCUCCUUUUCUUUGUUAGGGUGACAUAUGACAAGAUCCUCUUGUUGAUUAGUUUCUUCACACAUAAGAGGUCUUGAAAUCCUAAACUUCUUUAUCUUUCUUGUUUUGAGUAGAAGUAUCUACGUUACCUUUAGGUUUUUUGUACCAACAAUCUCUAGCAUACUGUCCUUUCUUUCCACAAUUGUAGCAUUUCUCCAUUUUUCGGUUGUUGAAGCCUUUCGCCUACUUGUUUUGUCGUUGAGUUCUUUGAUGUUGAUUUUUUCUCUCCCUGCCUGUGAACUUCUCUUUGCUUCUCUUUUUUGAUAGUCUUGCCUUUUGUUGAAUAGCGCCUUAUCUUCGUCUUUUAUAGUGAAACUUGAUAAUGACUUCUCCGAACCUUCUUCAUUUGCCAACACAUUUUCCAACUCAGAUAAAGUUUGGUUCUGUGGCCUAUUUGUGUGGGACUUUAAUUAUACCAUUCUAUUUCGGCCUUAAACCAUGAACAAUGAUUUCCUCAUUCUUGUCUCUGAUUUUACCUUUGAGAAGUAUAGCCUGAUCGUCGUAUUCCAUUGAGAGAUCGACAAAAGCUCAUUUUCAAGUCUUUGUAAUGUCGCAUCAUUCUUCUUUGUGAAAAUCAUUGUCAACGUUUCCCAAUCUUCUUGUGGUGUCUUGUCAUUCUUAAUAUGUUGUAGGAACUCAUCCUCGGUGGUUACAGUGAGAGCAUACAUGACCUUUCCUGCUUUGACUUUCUACCUUUUUGUUGCUUCAACAUUUGUUGAUGCUGUGGUGUUUGAACCACUGAAAGUAAUAUUGCAUUCUCGUGCUUCAUGAUUCAUUGCGUUGAACUUCUCAAUGCUAUUGAGAGUGCUUGCGAACUCUGCCAUUGAUAAGUGUCUCGCGACUUGUAGCUUCUGGCAAUAGCUUGUACGAUUUCUUUACUACCUUGCUCUUAUCCAUCAGACUCUGAUAUCACUUGUUGAAUAUUGUUUGAGACGACGGGCACUAUUGACUUCUCACAACUUGAAUUUUAUUAUAUCUAAGUAAGGAUCCGCUUCAGUCUUACAAUGGUGAUCACACUUGUUGCUUGCUUCAACAACACUCUUUACUUAGCAUACAUUUGUUUGCUCUCUUGCUUUCUUACUUACUUGGCUACUUGGUUUGUUACUUACUUGGUUACAACUCAAAUGGAACACCUCUAUGUAUUGGAGGUGAUGGAAGAGUCUAUAGAGAUACAUACUCCAGAAUAUUUCUAGCUAUCUUUUUCUAGAAUUACCUUUUGUAGAACAUUUUUAGACUAUUCUCUCUAGAAUACUCAUUCUAGAUCUUUCUUCAAUUCUCAACAACUCCAGAAUAUUCUAGAUUUUCUUGAUUUAUCUUAAGUAGUUAAGUUGGUGAUGACUUCUUGACAAUGGUAAUGAUCUUUAUACUCAAAUUUGACCUAAUUAUGCAUCUUUUCUUUUAGUGAAUGAGUUUUCACCAUUGAUUUGUGUAAUUGUAUCAUUGAGAACUAAUCAAAAUGUGUCUACUGGUUUUACUUUAAGCGUGAAAUACUAAUAUUUACUGUCAAGUGUUGCUAUUAAUUUUGUCUAGAAUAGUUUAUGAUUUUUAUAUUCGCAAUAUCAUUUUUUUAUUAAUAAAGUACAUUUAUCUAUGUAAUGUCUAACAACAUAUCCAGUGUAGUCGCACAAGUGGGGUCAGGGUAGGGUAGGAUGUACGCCACCUUACUUGUAUCUUUGCGGGGUAGAGAGUUUUUUCUCAAUACAUCCUCGGCUCAAACGAGAAGGUAAUCAAAACAAGAUUGCAAGGAAAUAUGACAACAAAAAUAUCAGGAUAGAAAGAAAGCAAAUGAAGCAAUAGAUUGUACAACACCUUGGAGCAUAGAAUACUACGUGAUUACUAGAUACUACUUCUAUUAAGGCUAUUUGGGGGGGGGGGGGCUAGCGCUUGUCUCUCCCAUCUAAAUAUAAGGGACAACACUUGGCUACAUACGAACAUUGUAACCUAAUCCUCGACUUCCACACCUUUCUAUUUAUACCUUAAGUAAUUUAUGUCUAAUCACCUCCCGCAUCCAAGUUUUUCUUCAUCCUACCUCUACCUCUUUUCUUCGUUCUAUUUCUCAAUUUGCCCGCCCCCUUGUCAGCAUCUUUUUCAUCUUCGGACGUCACAUCCCUCUUUUGCCUUUUCAUCAAAUAGUUGCGGGACAAGUCAAUCCUUCGCUGCUGCUGCUUCUUCCCCAUUUAUACAGCUGCCGUGCAAAACUCUAGAAUUAAUCCGGUCUGUUGAAUCUGAUGCGUGUUCGAUCUGUUGCGGGGAAGAGUUUGCAAAAAAAUCUACUGAAUAGACAGAGAAGCCCGAGCCCUAUUCUGGUGCUUCGAAGUCUGUUGGAAUUUUCGAUUGGUGGAGUCUAAUAUGGAAAAUCAGUUACAGCUAGCCUUGACCAGUCCUACGCCGCCGUUGUCGAGCUUGUUGGACUCGCAGAAGGAACUCCUCAAUAGCCAGAUACAUCAACUCCAAAACAUUGUUGUACAACAAUGUAACCUAACUGGCAUCAAUCCCCUCUCUCAAGAGAUGGCUGCUGGAGCUCUUUCAAUAAAAAUUGGUAAAAGGCCAAGGGAUCUCCUAAACCCCAAGGCAAUCAAGUAUAUGCAAUCUGUUUUCUCUGUCAAAGAUGCAAUCAGCAAGAAGGAAGCACAUGAAAUUAGUGCUCUUUUUGGUGUCACAGUCACACAGGUUCGGGACUUCUUUACAGCUCAGCGCACAAGAGUAAGAAAGUUCCUGAGGUUGUCUAGAGAGAAGCCUAUCACAACCAAUUUAUCUAUUGAAGGCCCGAUCCCAUUGAGUUCUGAUCCUAGUUCACAAACAGAACCAGUUCCCCUAGACAGUGUGGUUCCAAUCUCUACAGAGGAUGGAAAAUCUUGUUCGACACAAGAUGAGGUCCUAACUGCCAUGGAUGAGAGGGAUAGACAUUUUGUUGAUAAUAUUCUUACUUUAAUGUGCAAGGAAGAAACCUUUUCUGGGAGGGUUAAGCUGAUGGACUGGAUCUUGGAAGUACAAAACCCCUCUGUGCUAUAUUGGUUUUUAACUAAAGGGGGUGUCAUGAUCUUAUCUGCAUGGUUGAGUGAAGCAGCUGGAGAAGAGCAAACCAGCGUUCUUCAUCUCAUCCUGAAGGUACUCUGCCAUCUUCCUUUACACAAAGCAUUUCCUGGACAUAUGUCUGCUAUACUGCAGAAUGUUAACAGCCUGCGAUUCUAUCGGACUCCAGAUAUCUCAGACAGGGCAAGAGUUUUGCUUGAAAGAUGGAGCAACAUAUUUGCAAAGAGCCAGGCUAUGACGAAACAUAAUGGGGUUAAAUCUGCUAGUGAUAUGCAUGAUGAAAUGUUAUUGCAGCAGAGCAUUAGCGAAGUUGUGGGCGACGAAAUAUGGAACUCAAAAAUUGAGGACGUUGAAGAAGCUCAUGCAAACCUCUGUGGGACUUCAGAGAAUUCAAGGAAGUUGGAUUCUCCACAGCCAGUUAAAUUGUUUAUGGCAUCUUCAGAUGAUUCUAACAAGAGGCUUAAAGGAGCUUCGGUGACUAAAUCUCGAGAGCGCAGAAAAGUUCAGCUAAUGGAACAACCAAGCGAAAGAACAAUAGCAAGGAGCCUAGGAAGACCAGCAGCACCUGCAACUCAAGGCCGCCCACUCUCAGCUGAUGAUAUCCAAAAAGCAAAAAUGCGUGAACAGUUUUUGAAGAGUAAAUAUGGGAAAACUAAUAAUGAUGACAGUUCUUGGGUGAAGCCUCAAGCUCCAAAUGAAAUUACCUCUUCACCAAAUGGUAUCUUGCUUGGAGCUCCAAAAUUGCAAGAUCGGCCUAAAGUUGAGGAAUGUGAGAAGCUCAAUAGUGUUGCCUCUCAAGGGUCCAGUCAGCUUGAAAAUCAUCUCAAGUUGAGUCUUGACGUAGAGGAACCUCCAUGGAAAAGGUGCAAGAAAAUGCAGAUCCCAUGGAAGAAACCACCAGGGUUGCAGCUCCGAUAUGCAUCGAGGGUUUGUGCAGGGGGUGAGAGUAAAGAAGUCGACGUUCAGAAUAAGAGAGUCCGUCGAGAGACGGAAGCCAUUUACAGGACAGUCCAGGAAAUCCCAUUGAACCCCAAGGAACCUUGGGAUCCUGAAAUGGAGCCUGAUGACACAUUAACCACUGAAGUCCCGCUUGAGCAAUUACCAGAUGAGGAACGUGCUGAAACAGGUGUUUUGCCGCAGGAGGACAGAGAAACUGAAACUGCUGUAUUGGCUAGUACGUCAAAUUGCAUUGCAACUACAGCAAAACCUGAUUUAGAGUUGCUUGCUACACUGUCAAAUGGCAUUGCAACUACAGCAAAACCUGAUUUAGAGUUGCUUAAUAUACUGCUAAAACAUCCAGGGCUGGUUUAUGCUUUGACGUCUGGCCAAGGUGGAAACUUGCUCAGUGAGCAAAUUGUAAAGCUGCUUGAUUCGAUCAAAGCCAACGAGAGGAAUUUACUGAGCAUUCAAACAAAUUUAGCCAGAGGCGCUGGGAAGAAAGUUGAAGUUUCUCUUCCAUCCCUCACUCCUUCCAGUGAUCCUGGAACGAGUGGAUUGUCAAUGCAGAACUCUGUUAAAAAUCCUUUCUCACAGAGAAGUUCAAUGGUGGUUCCAGAAGCAAAUGAUGUGCCCCAACACGCGGCGUUGGUCCAUUCACAGGAAACUCAUCAAGUUAGCAGUUUGUUGCAUCAGCAGACGCCCCUUGUGCAACAAUUGGCCCAACAGUUGGCACUGCUUCAAGCAGCUGCAGCGUCUUAUGGUGUGUCCCAACACGCCGUGUUGGUCCAUUCACAGGAAAUUCAUCAGGCUAGCAGUUUGGUGCAUCAACAGACGCCCCUUGUGCCACAAUUGGCCCGACAAUCUGCACUGCUUCAGGAAGCUGCAGGGUCUUAUGGUGUGCCCCAACAUGUCCCUUUGGUCCAUUCACAGGAAAUUCAUCAAGCUAGCAGUUUUGUGCAUCAGCAGAUGCCCCUUGCACCACAAUUGUCCCAACAGUCUGCACCGCUUCAGGAAGCUGCAGGGUCUUAUGGUGUGCCCCAGCGCGCCCCGAUGGACCAUUCACAGGAAAUUCAUCAAGCUAGCAGUUUGGUGCAUCAGCAGACGCCCCUUGUGCCACAAUUGGCACUGCCUCAAGCAGCUGCAGGGUCUUAUGGUGUGCGCCAACACGGCCCGUUGGUCCAUUCACAGGACAUUCAUCAAGCUAGCAGUUUUGUGCAUCGGCAGAUGCCCCUUGCACCACAAUUAGCCCAACAGUCUGCACUGCUUCAGGAAGCUGCAGGGUCUUAUGGAAAUGAUCAUCGACCAUCUCUGCUAAAUCCUCGUAUAAACCAGACGGUCCUUGCAAAUCUUAUGCAUUCACAAUCAUCUGCCGCCUCAGAACCAGCAGUAAAUAGAAAUAAUUACUUUUUCUCUGGAUCGACGGAAUACAAUCAACAGAGUGCCACUGCAGCAAGAAUCCAAGGUGUAACAUAUGGUAAUAUUCGAUCUUCGCAAAUGCCUAUAGCUAAUGUACAACAAAGAACUAUUAGCCUACAUGCACCUCAGAUGUCACUAGAAAGGCCACAACUACAAACACAGAGGCAACCUGGAUAUGCACCUGAACAUAUAUGGGGGACUAUACCGGGAUCUGCUUUAAGUCGGGUUCAUCAAGAAAAUGCCAUUCCUAAUCGUUACAAUCCACAUGUUGCCGGGCAUGUAGAACCAGGAUUACAACAGGCUGCGUGGAGAGGAAACAACAACUAUGCCGAGGGAGCUGGGUUUGAAUCUUGGAGGCCUGAUAAUAGACCUGUCAGGCGUCAGGAACAGGUAGCAAGAUGGAACUAUGCAGAACCUCAGAUGAAUAUGAGAGACUGCUACAGAUCUGAUUGGUCUGCAUCGAGUAAUCCUUGGCAUUAUUCUGGUUAUCGUGGUCAUGCUGAUGGUGUGAAUGAGAGGCAGGGUGACGGACCUGAUUGGUCUACAUCGCGUAAUCCUGAGCAUUAUUCUGGUUAUCGUGGUCGUGCUGAUGGUGUGAAUGAGAGGCGGGGUGACAGGAGGAGGAGCUAACCAUCAAACGCCAGGCCAUUUGAUUCUUUUGACUAGAGAGUCGUUAGUGUUUUCAUCAGAGUAGAACGUUCUAGGAGGGGGUUGCAUUUUGCACAUGAAAUGGUUGUAAACUUGUAUUGUCAGCUUGUCACAUUACUUUAUUUUGUUCCUGAAUUGAUACCUGUCAACAUCAAAUUAGAUGAUUGGGAACUUGGGAUCAUGCCAAGAAUCUUUUAGAAAAAAAAAAAAGAUUUUUAUCCUAGUCAAGGGCAUACUAUGUCUUGAUUGAGUCCCUACUUUGAAAUGCUGUGUAUCUUUCAUUAGAAUUGAGGUGUUGUUUGAUUGGGAAUAAGUUAUUUUGAGAUCAAUUAUCUCAGGAUAAGUUAUUUUGGGAUAAA